ACGUCUUGCUGGCCAAGACACGUCGGACAAGGUGAUCCCCACGGUGAUCGUCGGGAUCGGGGAGCCCAUGGACGAUGACAUCGUGUUCGAGAACGAAGAAGCCUCCAGCUUGCCACAACAGCCCACUACACUAGCCACUACAAGAAGUGUAGAGAGAGCGACGCCCCCACCUGCCCCUCUAACUCCCGUCAUCACCUGUCAGGAACUAUAUUGUUACGGCGGAGGGACAUGUGUGUUCAACGGACGUGAAGGGGCAACGUGUCACUGUCCUCUGGGCAGGCAAGGAUACCAGUGUCAAGAAGAGGUGGAAGUCCGGUACCCCAGGUUCCAAGGCGAGUCUUUCCUGUCCUUCCCGCAGCUUGUAGCCUCCAACAUGAGGUUCCGCGUCUCUCUGGAGUUCAAGGCUGAGAGUCUGGACGGACUUCUGAUGUUCAGUGGGAAAUAUCGCGAUGGCAGGGGUGAUUUCUUCUCUAUAGCACUGGUCAACGGGCAUGUGCAGUUCAGGUUUAACUGUGGCACUGGUCCAGCAAACAUCACAACCAACAGCACAGUACAGCUGGGAAGAUGGCACAAGCUCACAGUCUACAGAAAUCGGUGGAACGGCUGGGUCAGUUUGGACAACAAGGAUACGGUACAUGGGAGAGCCAAGGGUCUGUAUCAUGGUAUCACCUUCCGGCUUCCCUUAUACCUUGGCGGAGUGCCAGACCUCGGACUAGUCCAAGAGCACACGGGGGUGGCAGAGGGCUUUAAGGGCUGUGUGCAGAAACUGAUUGUGAACAAGGAGAGAUACAACAUGAGGCCUCAGCCUUAUGGGAAGGCAGUGUCUGGCAUCAAUGUUGGAGAGUGCAGUGAGGGUGUCUGUGACUACGUGUACUGCCGGAACGGCGGCAAGUGUGUGGCCGGGUCAGCUGACUCACACCUGUGCCUUUGCCCCCUGGGAUUUACUGGGACCAGCUGUGAACGGGAUUUGGACCUCAGCAUUCCUUUCUUCAACUCCUCUCGCUCCGCCUACUCUGCCUACCCGACCCUCGGUACAAAGUUUCUGUCCUUCAUCGAGAUUGAGGUGGUUUUCAGACCUCAGGCCAGAAACGGCGUGCUUCUGUACACUGCCCUGCGGACGGAUGGAUCCGGGGAUUUCCUGUCGCUUGUGUUGGAUCACGGUUUUCUGGAGUUUAGGUUUGACUGUGGGACUGGACCAGCUAUCAUCAGGAGUGCAGAGCCUGUGACUAUGGGUGAGUGGCACCGAGUCAUCCUGUCCAGGACAGCACGGGACGGAGUCAUGACGGUCGACUACAACCCCCCUGUUACAGGCACAGCCGAAGGGGGGUUCUCCCAGAUCAGCUUCAUCACCCCCCUCUACAUCGGAGGGGUCGCUGAUUAUGAAGAGGUGGCGAAAUACUCGGGGGUUUAUGAGCCCUUCCAUGGAGACAUACAGAAGAUUAUAAUAAAUGACAGUCCUAUGGACCUGAUCUCCAGCGCGAUUGUUGGUGUGAAUGUGGCAAACGCUGACCACCCAUGCGUGGGGGACCCUUGUGUUAAUGGAGGACUGUGUGUGCCUGAUCACGAUUUCUACAGCUGUAAUUGCCCGCUCGGCUACCACGGCAUGGACUGUGAGAAAGCUAAGGUUCCAGUAGUGGUUACACAGUACAACGACCUGACCUACGACUCGGAAAACCCCUUAGCGGCCCCUGCACCAGAGUUGAAAAGUCCAGUUACUGUGCCCAAGUUCAGUGGAAACAGUUACAUGCAGUACACAGGAACACAGCUCAUGAAAAGAUUGUCAGGAAACAGGAAUGAUUUCCAGAUCCGAAUCAAGACGACAACAGCAGAUGGCAUGAUCCUGUGGAGCGGCUCACUUCCGAUGGGCAGACAUCGUGACUUCAUCUCCAUAGGGCUAGAGGGUGGUGCUGUGGUGCUCAGACAUCGUGACUUCAUCUCUAUAGGGCUGGAGGGGGGUGCUGUGGUGCUCAGGUACAACCUGGGUAGUGGGGAGGCUCAGUUGUCCUCCAACUCAACCAUCAACGACGGCAGGUGGCACAAAAUCAGGGCCAGAAGGGACGGCCCGAAUGCGGUGCUGAUUCUGGAUGACCUUGACCCUGUCCCCGGAACUUCACCAGGCAGACUCAAGCAGCUCAACACCAACUCAGGACUCUUCCUAGGCGGCAUGAACAACAUUGUGAUGGACACCGGGCGACACUACACCCGAGGCAUCGUGGGAUGCAUCUCUCACGUUACCUUGGCGACCGACUAUCACAUCCGCCUGUACGAGGAGGCGACGGCCGGACAGAACAUCGUCGAGUGCUCAUGAUACAGGGAAAUCUUUCGUGUAGGAGAUUAAGAUUAAGGAGCGUAUGCUUAAGGAUGGAGGUUAUCCUUGGAACAUUAUCCAAAGGAUAGGUUGUAUUCCUGGGACAUAAUCUUGAGGAUAUAUCCUUAAUCUUAAAGAUAUAUCCUAAAAAUUCUGUCCAAAGAAUACAUUUGGAUAAUGUGUAUUUUUGAGACAUGACAGAAGAGCAUCCUGUCCUCUAGCAGCUUAAGGCACCCAAUGUGAUUUCAGGGCAGCAAAACUGGAAAUAUUCUGAAUAAGGCAAUCUUUGUGAUAUUGACACAUACUGUCCCACAUUAGCAC